UUGGAGCAGCCUCCCUACGCAACAUGUAGUGUGUGUGUGUGUGUGUCAGUGUAAGAGGGGCGAGCAGCAUGUGAGCCCACUAGUGAAAAGUCCACACUCACACUCCUGAUUGCGCCGUUGUGGCUAUGGUCGCCCACACUUGGAGCGUGAACAGCAGCAGCUCGGCGUUCCCUCACGGCGCUGACGGCAGUGCUGAAGACCCCCUGGCGCCCCCCGGCUCCUCCGGCCUGAGCAGGACGGGUCACUCGGUGGUGGCCGUCUGCCUCGGCUUCAUUCUCUUCUUCGGAUGCUUCAACAAUCUGCUGGUUCUCUUCGUGUUCGCCCGGUUCCGCUCGCUGUGGACGCCCAUCAACGUGGUCCUGUUGAACAUCAGCGCCAGCGACAUGCUGGUGUGUGUGUUCGGGACCCCCUUCAGCUUCGCCUCCAGCCUGUACGGGAGGUGGCUGCUGGGACAGCACGGCUGCGAGUGGUACGGCUUCGCCAACUCCUUGUUCGGGAUUGUAUCUCUAGUCUCGCUGUCUGUCCUGUCAUAUGAACGUUACGUUGCUGUGCUGCGAGCCACCAAGCCAGACACAUCGGAUUUCCGCAAAGCCUGGCGCUGUGUGGCAUGUACCUGGCUCUAUUCGCUGGUGUGGACAUUGCCUCCGUUCCUGGGCUGGAGCAGCUAUGGGCCUGAAGGUCCAGGGACAACCUGCUCUGUGCAGUGGCACCAGCGCUCCACCAGCAGCAUCUCAUAUGUGGUGUGCUUGUUCAUCUUCUGCCUUGUCCUGCCACUAUUUCUCAUGGUCUACUGCUAUGGCAAGAUCCUGCUCAUCAUUAAGGGGAUGACUAAGAUCAACCUGUUGUCCGCACAAAGACGGGAAAAUCACAUUCUACUCAUGGUAUUCACUAUGGUGUCCUGCUACCUGAUGUGCUGGAUGCCCUAUGGGGUGGUGUCGCUGAUGGCCACCUUUGGCAGGCAGGGACUGAUCACACCUGUAGCCAGUGUGGUGCCCUCAGUGCUGGCUAAGAGCAGCACUGUGAUCAACCCUGUCAUAUAUGUGCUCUUCAACAACCAGUUCUACAGGUGCUUCGUAGCCUUUGUAAAAUGUAGAGCAGAGCCAUUGAUCCACACUCAGCACAACAGCAGGGAGGAAGCACCAGCAUCCAGCCUGUGUAGGUCCUGCACAGGGUCUACAUGGCCCCUCAGCCUCAGGAGCCACAGUAAGCUGUCUUCAGAGAGAGAGCAGCGCACUCUGUCCCUCGUGGUUCAUUACACACCCUGAGGAACAUAAUAAUAUUGUACGUGACUCAGAUAAUUUGGCAUUCUUCAUGUACCUACUCUGCUACCAAUGUGGUCAAACAACAGGACACUGAUUGCCACAGUGAAAACACUGAUGAGGAGAAUCUCUCGCUAACCAGAAGCAGAAAGGUAUAAUUGGACUGAGGUAUUUUGGGUUUCGUGCUUGAGUUGCAAGUUGAACUUGUAGGAUAACGGAUGAAGUACAUUACCUUUUAAACUUCAUCCCUGUGGUGGUCUCUGUGCAGUGCAGUGAUUGAUGAAGAGAAUUAGCCAUGCUAGUAGCACCAUGGCGUGCUUAAAGAUGAGUCACAAAGUUUAGGUUAAAAAUGUCAUCCACCCACACAAAACAGUGCAAAAUGCAGCAACAUCAUUAUCUGAAACCUCUUAACGAGCUUGCAGACAGUUGGUUGGGUCGAUGAAACUUGACCCCAGUAGCAAAGCUUAAUGGCUUAUUAGCAGAGAUAACUCUGCUAGUUUCUCACUAAAAUGUAUUGCUAUGAAGCUAGAGUUCAGUACAUAUACUGAACACAGCACACAAACUGGAACACAUUAUGGUGGAAAUGCUUUUUUUAGAAGGCUAUUACAGAGCACAGACUACAAAUACAAGAUCAGCACAAGACAAAAAAGACUUAGUCGAGCUGUCUAGGCUUUAUUUUCAUAUCUGACUGGAACUGCUGCUCCUUAGCUUUGACUAUAAGUAUACAAUAAUGGCAUAAUACUGCUGUUAAUUGAAAUAUACAUAAUGACAUUAUGGAUUAUGCUGCUUUUAGUUAGAAACACAGCUGACCUCUAGCUUAAGUAGCGCUGUAAAUAUGUAAAUAGCACUGUAAAAAUGUAAAUAGCGCUGGUAUUUUCUGCUCUGGUUGUUACAGUGUGUGGAUCAGCCAUUACUGAAAGUGCAUGAUAAAUCAGAGGCAGAAUGCAAUGAUUCUUUCCACCAAUAGUAGGAGCUACUGCAUACAUCAGAGAGAACUGUUUGUGUACUUGGCCAUUCGUUUUCUUUUGAUGGCACCAAAAGAACAUAAUUCUUUUCAUAUUUCAUAAGUCAACAUAAUUGCAGAGGUAACAUUUUUUGGUAAAGAUAUUUGGUUCUCUACUCAUGCAGGGACAUACAGAAUGUGCUUUUGAUGUAUUUUGGAGAAAAAAAUAUUUACUUCAAAAUGUGUAGCAUAUACCCAUUGAUCCUUAUUUUGUAAAAUGUGUAAAUAUGACUUUUUUAUAGUCAGAAGAUCAGGUGUAUCCUAAAGGAUGUUUUUCUUCAUUGAUGACUGUCUUUUCAUGCCUUGUGAUUUCACAUUACAGAAUAUCAUUGUAAGCCGAAUGUUGAUGUUUUGUUCAAGGGUUAAAAUAUACGAGACUGUUUACCUGUGUAAAUGCUGACAAUUAUAUUAACCAGGUUAUAUAUCAUCACUGUUAGAACAGAACCUUGUAUCUCCAAAUUGUCAGUUUUUUCCACACAAUUUGAAAAUCCAAGCUGUGCUUUACAUUGUGCCUAAAUUACAUAAUGAGUGGAUCAUGAGAACGGGCAUGAAAUUAUUUAGAAGGAAAUGUUGUUACAUUUACAUUGGAAACUAAAGUUUUUUUUCCUUUCCUGUAAAGUUCCUUUUCUGGAGAUGUGAGGUUUUGUUCUGACAGUGCUGAAAUCAUUGCUGUCAUAUGAAAACCUCUUUGGGGUUUUAUUUAUUUAUAUUUACAAGUCCAGUUUUGACAUGUGUGUGGUUUUAUGUCAUGAUGCAUUUUUACAAGACUAUUUUCCAUCUUCUUAUGAUUCAACAAGCUGUUAUA